UCACCCUUCCGUUGAAACUCCUGACUGAAAACAGUCCAUGGUCGUGGUCAACACACACAGAAAUGGACAAGGACAUCACCGCUGCUCGAGCGGUUGCAGAGCUAUUUAAAUCUCCAGAUGACCUCGUCAAAUUGGCACAAAUCCGCAAGCGUCUCCAGCGUGAACAGGCUGGUAUUGAUGCCAAACUCAAACAAGGCGCGAAGGAGCAACUCGAUGCUACCAGGGAAGCGAUGUCAAAACUGAGAGAGUCCAAAAAUCAGAUCGAAGCCAUCAAAGAGGAGAUGAUCGCCGUCGAAAAAGCAUGCGAAGAUCCCAGAGUGCGUGUUGAUGGUUUCGGAAAGAUCGCGUCGGUCUCAAAGAUUCAUCGAAAUUUUGUUGCCACGGCAAAGAUGGUUGAACAACUAAGAGACAUGGAUUACAAGAUCGAUAGAAUAGAAAAGCUUCUGGCUAAAGACCGCGCCUCUCCCUUAGGCGACGCACCAAACUUAAUAGCCAUUCAUUAUACCCUCAGCGAAAUGGAAACGUUUAGGAAUGAAACCGUUCUUCAGGCCAACAGAGAGGGGAAUUCUGAGACGGUUCGGACAUUGGCGGGCUACUUCGAGCGCCUUGCAGGUAUAAUCGAGGCAUUUGAGUCGCAUUACCUCCAUCUUGCAGGUAAUCUGCUGGAUAUUGUUCGCAAGGGACAUGCAACCGUAGCCAUUAAAAUCGCCAAAAUCGCAGAAAUCGAAGGCCAGCGUGAUGAAAGAGCGAUUGCCAUCCGAUUGGUCAAACGUCAAAACAAAGAUAUCGGUGCACGGUUUCAGUCAGUCCGCGCGGAGGCAAGGGUAAUAAAGCAUUAUCGAGCAAAAGUUAUGGAUGCGAUCAGAACUAGUGCGAAAACUCAGAUCGAGAAGCAGUUCUCCAAGUACCAAGACAACCCUUCUGGAUUUUUCGAAGGAGAAAACUUUGAUUGGUACUAUCAAGAUUUGCUUUUGGUAGAAGAAAUGCUGGUUGAUAAAUUUCCCGCGGAUUGGAAGAUUUAUCCUGCUUACAUCAAGGCCUAUCACAAAGCUCUCUAUGAUUUCACGAAAACAUACUCUUCCUCCGGAGACGCUGAAGCCGGCGCCUUACUCGCCCUCACCACCUUUACAAAAGAAUAUAAGAAAAAUAUGACCAAGGAACUCGAUAUCCCUCCUGAGUUGACGGACCCGCCCUUGUUAGAUGACAACAUUCAGUCGCUAGUCGAUGAAUAUUUGAAGUUGAUCAGCAAGAAGAUGCAAGAAUGGACACAAAACCUCAUGAAAAGCGAAACUCAACUUUUCCUCGAACGUACCGAGCCACCAGAAGAAGAUGCUGAUCAAAUGUACACUAUGCAGGCGUCCGGAAUCAUGUUUCAGAUGGUCAACGCCCAGGUCGACUUUGCGAUUGACAGCGGUCAAGGGGCGGUCCUCUCAAGAGUCGUCGAAGAAUCAGCUAAGGUGAUGAUGUCGACUCAAGCUCAAUGGCUAUCACUGGUUAAGAAAGAGUUUCAAAAGCAGCACUCCUCCAAGGCUGACGACAUACAGGGAGGUUUGGUUGAAUAUACGAUCAGUCUCGCAAACGAUCAAGUCAAAUCAGCUGAUUUCGUUGAGGGCUUAAUGAAUAAGCUCGAGGGGCUUGUCAGUGAAAAGUACCGCCAAUCGAUCAGUGAAAAUCUUUCUGCAGCUAUGGACGGGUAUCUAGAUGUGGCUAAAAAUUGCGUCCAGGCUCUCAUUGAGGCAGUUUUCAAUGACUUGAAGCCAGCCGUCAAGAUGCUCUUUGGAAACUCGUGGUACAUGGAGGGGGCAGAUGAACCGAUGAUAUUGAUUAUCGAAACGAUCAAAGAUUAUGUCGUGGACUACCAAGCGCAUCUCAAUCCUAACCUGUUUGAACUGCUCAUCGAUGAUAUGGUCGACUGUUUCUUGAUUGCUUACCUCAACGGACUUCGCAAAACCUCGAAAAUUCGCAUUCCUGCCGCCGUCGAUCGAAUUCGUGCAGAUGUCAAAAUAUCCUACAGCUUCUUUGUGACUUAUAAGUCAUCCACCGAGCUCAAGGCUUACUUCAAAGUGUUGGAGCACAUCUUGGGCGUAUUGAGCGCCAGCCGGACCAUGUUCUUCCUUGAUUGGCAUUCGUUUGCUAAGGAAUACGGCCCAGCUGUUGUGGGGUUCACUGAAGGACUCUUGAAAGCUCGUGACGAUUUGGAUAGAACAGCUGUUAAUGAGUUAAUGGAAACAAUCAAAAAGAAAAAGUCCGAAUUAGUUGAACCCGAAUUACCCACGAUUUUCAGUCGACUAGGAAAAUGAAAGAUAUGACGACGGCAUGGAAUGGCAACCGUACUACCUGAAUACGGUGUAAAUUGCUUGUCUUUCAUUUGAUACUGAACAAAUCAAUCCUGUCAGUGCAAUCUAUAGUACUUAUUUCUGCUAACUGAUCUCCAUAUCGUUUUCGCUGCUACUAAUCUAUGACACGCAUUCCCAGUUAAUUUUACUGCUUGUUGAACCAUCAACUGACCAUGAAUUGUUAAUGUAAUUGUAGAGGAGAACUUCAAAUGUAGAUUGUCACAACUAUAAACUCUGCCUUAUCUUCAAAUUGAUUUCCAUUCCUGCCAUUGUUGAAACUGGAUGAUGCUCCAUGUGAAGUGUACGCCUAACCUUCAUCCCUGUGUAAUUCAAACAGGCUUAAACGUCGUCUUUUA